AUGAGCAAGCGGAAAAGGGGUCAUCAAGACGCGUCAACCCGCAAAAAAGUUCAGAAGUCGCCUGCCACGCUGUCGCUGAAUCGCGAUCUGCUCGACAUCUUCUAUCCCCAUUGUGCAUCGCUGAGGAAAUAUAUCCUUGCAAGUCUGCCACAAGCCUCACGGCUACGAAGACGUAAAAUUGAAUCACUCGGAUCAGACCCAGAUCGCUGUGCUAUCGAAAAGGACCUAUGCAAGCUGCUGGACUCGACCCUCGUUUGCUAUCGGCAGCUUACACCCGAGGCAUCAGACAACAGGUGGGAACAAUGGUUGUCGUUCUCGCAAAAAGGAGAAGACUCUAGUGUUUCCUUGACAGGAACAUCGCCAAUCUAUUCUCAAGCCGAGAUCGUCGACUUCGUAAUUUGGCUGCUGUUCUCGCGAGACAAGAGUGGCUUUAGUGGACCGAAGCAUCUUCUUUGUGAUGGAUAUCGCAGAAGUGCCCACGAGAGGGCAGAAUUAGAAAAUAUUCCUGGCGUCUUCAGGCGGUACCCUAAUGACCAGGUGGCAAGUCUCAAGGCGAGCCCUUGGCCGGAGCUGCUGGCGCUGCUGGGUCAGUCUGGGGAGAAGAUUAUGAUUAAUAUGCUCGUUGAUUGUUCCAUAUUUGUUGCUAUUGAGCCGGGCUGGAAUAACUUCUACCAGAUUUCCGGAUACCCAAUAUCGGAGCUCGAAAAUGGGCUGGAGAAUAAAAGGGAGUCCGAGAGUACGCAGCGUCUGCGAAAGAUAUCCGAGAUCACGCUUGUGCGGAGCAGAAUGUUCUAUGCGCGGCCCUCGCUGACGUCCAAAGGCAAUAUACAGGCAGGGUACAAACGCACCCAUGUUCUGAAUCGGUAUCCCUAUACUCCGGAUAAUAUGAAGACUGGGUCAGCUACAACUAAUAAACGUGACUUGAACACUGUCAAGGUCAUGAUGUACAUCUUCCCAAGACAAUUUGGGUUCCACAAUGUCUUUACAUCUAUAGUCGACCGCAAGACCACUGCACAAAAGUUCCAAGACUAUACCAACAGAGAUGAAGAGAUUGCACGCCAUAUGCGCUCUGAUCGAAGAUUCCUCGCGCAAGGCGUGCCCAAGAUUCCUAAGCGGCUACGUGGCAGAGCUCAGGACCUCGUUCGUCGACUCCAGAUUCGCCAUCACCGGUGCUCAUACAUUGAGCUUGUCCGACACUAUUGCCCUUCUCCUCUGGAUGCGCUGCGCAAGAAGACUCAAGAGAAGACGGCGCCGAUCUCGGCGUCGCGGAUCGUGCCGGGUCAGGUUACCGACGGAAUAUCAAGCAAGGACCUCCCCGCUGCCGUGCAACGGGCACCGCAGACACAGACUCGUACUCAUAGCGCCCAUGUCUUUGAAAUCGACCCAUCCGUUCCCGUUGUUGACUUGGCGGCACCGCUCGGUCACGUUUCGGCCUUUCUACAAGCAGGCCUCUCCAAGGUAAUUCCCGAUGCCUUCUUUGGUGAAGACGACGAUCUUCGCCACAACAAGGCGCUACUCGGCCAAAAGGUGCAUCAUCUUAUCGCACUACGUAAAUAUGAAACCAUGAGUCUCCAUGAACUAUCGCAAGGUUUUAAAAUUUCUAAUUUGGCAUGGCUUCAGCUGCCUGACCGCAACGGCCAAAGACCCAGUCGGAAUGAAACACUGAAGCAGCUCGAACUAUUCCACGAGCUGUUGUAUUAUGUCUUUGACUCUCUGCUGAUUCCACUGGCGCGCAAUACCUUUUACGUGACAGAGUCCAGCAGCCACCGGAACCAAGUCUUUUACUUUCGACACGACGUUUGGAAAAUGAUCUCUGAGCGCGCCAUGAGCGCCAUUAAGGAUGGGAUGCUUGAGGAGCUCAAAGUCGGCGACGUCCAGCAUGCAAUGGGACCCAGGCGAUUGGGAUUCAGCCAAAUUCGCUUGCUACCGAAAGGCGCAGCUCUGCGUCCCAUCAUGAACCUUCGACGGAGAUAUCCCACCCAACAGAAUCAAAAGAUACUCGGUCCUAGCAUCAAUGCAAUGCUGGCCCCAAUACACAACGUCUUGAAGCUGGAAAAGCAUCUCAAACCCUCAAAUCUUGGGGCGACCCUUUCCUCCGUAGCAGAUAUAUACACGCGGCUCAAAGAGUUUCGAAGUCACCUACCCAGUCCGCUUCCACGAUUGUACUUUGUCAAGGCGGAUGUCCAAUCAGCUUUCGACACCAUCCCUCAGCAGGCUGUUCUCAAGCUCAUGAUGGCGAUCCCGAGCCAUGCGAGUUACAAAAUCUUCAAGCACGCUGAAGUUAAGCCGGGCAAAAGAUCUUCUACCGGCUGCUCUUUGACCGUCCACGAUGACGCCAGCGCAGCCACGAAGCCACCACCAAAGCCCGUCCGCCGCUGGACCGCCACCGCCUACCCGAGCGACGAGUCCCGCCCAUUCCUGCAGCGUUUGGAGGACAGCAGCGAGACCAGCAUCGGUGUCGCCGGCGCCGGCGCCGUCCAUCAGCGAAAAAACACCGUCUUUGUCAACAGCGCCGUGCAAGGCCGCCACGACACGCGCGAUUUGCUUCACCUGCUCGCCGAGCACGUCACGGAGAACCACAUCAAGGUCGGCAAGAAGGUAUUUCGGCAGCGCCAGGGCAUCCCGCAAGGCUCUGUACUAUCCUCGUUCCUGUGCAACUACUUUUACGCCGACCUCGAGGCCAAGCAUCUGGGCUUUCUCCGAGAUGAGGAUACGGAUGCGAGCCGCAGCCUGCUCCUGCGCCUCAUUGACGACUUUCUGCUCAUCACCACAGACAAGAAGAAGGCGCAGCGAUUCGCCGAGGUGCUGCACCGCGGCGUGCCAGAGUACGGUGUGCAGGUCAGCCCCAAGAAGUCGCUCGCCAACUUUGCCGUGUCGGUGCCGUCUGGGGACGGGCAGUCCGUGGAGAUGGCGACCGUGGACAGCGGCGCUGAUUUUCCGUACUGCGGUGUACUGAUUAGCUGCCGCACGCUGGAGAUGAAGAAGGAUUGCCAGCGGGCGGAGCAGACUGACGUGUCCAAUACCCUGACGGUUGAGCAUGGCCGUUUACCAGGCCAGACUUUUGAACGAAAAGUUCUUGAUGCUUUCAUGAUCCAGUCGCACCUCAUGUUCUACGACACGAGCCACAAUUCGCUCGCGACGGUGCUCGAGACGCUGCGGGUCGCCUUUCGGCAGACGGCUCUCAAGAUGUGGGCUUACAUGCGUUCACUUCACCGAACCUCUCGGCUGCGGCCUGGCUUAGUCAAGAUGACCAUCAUGAGAACGGUUGAGGCUUCUUACCUUGUUCUCACUAGCAACUUUCGCAAAUCGAUGUAUCGGGGAUACGAGUGCUCCAUUCGCAAGUCUCAGGUUGUUCGGUAUGUUUGCCCUCUCGCCGCCCGUAUCAAUUCCGUCGUCAAGGCUACGAGUGUGAUUGGCAAAGACUAA